AUGGAGGCGCAGGCCUUCUUGCAGCUGCCCCCCCAGCUGGUCGACGACUCGGCUUCCAAUCACGGGUCCUCCGUUGCCGGCGGCGACUGCUUCGACGACGACUUCCUGUCUGAUGCCGGCAGAGACUCGCCCUCCAACGCCGACUCGCUGGCCGAGGACUCUGACGAUGAGGCUGUCCCCGGCGCAGUCAGUUCGGCCGACAUGGCCCGGCUGCGGGCCAUGAGCUACGACCGCUCCCGCAACCUCAGAUGCGACUGCGAAAGCGACGGUGACGGCGACGGCCAACCGCGCCACGACCAAGCUCGGACCCGGGCUCGGACUCGACCUCGACGACAUCGACAUCGACAUCUACAAACGAUGCAGAUCCCGGCGCUGGACAUGAAGAGCGACAGCGGCAGAACCAGCUCCGACGGCAGCGGCAUCGACGCCAGCAUCGACGGCGCCUACCACCCGCUGGUCAGCAUCCUGCCGCGAGGCACAAAGCCCGUCAGGCUGGUCGGUGAGGGCGCCGCAAACGCCGUCUUCGAGAUCAAGGUGCCCCCCAGCAGCCGCGUCGGCGCGCAGUUCCAAGGCAAACUCCUGAGGGUGGCCAAGGCACCGUCUCUGGGCCGCACUCCGACCUCCUCCGACUACUACUUCCGCCAACAGGAGUUCUUCAUCCGCGAGAUCCAGCCACAUCUCGGCGACCAUGCGGUGUGCCAGGAGCUGGUCGUGCUGCACAAGUCGGGCAUUGUGGAUGAGCUCAACGCCAUGCUUCGGGACAUUAACCACCUGCGCAAGCCCAAGUUCCAGGCUUCUUUCAUUGGCCACGCCUCUUGGGGCUUUCUGGUGGAGGACAUGCGGCCAAAGGGCGACGACGGCUCCAUCCUUAUCGAGUUCAAGCCCAAAUGGCUGCUGCAGUCACCCAGCGCCCCGAAGUCGGCCAUCCGCUGUAGGCAGUGUGCCCUAGAGCUUCGCAACUAUCUGAAAUGCCCCAGCGCAAAGGCGCCGCGCCCUGAGAGAAGACCAUGUCCGAUUGCGAUUGCAAACCCCGACUGUCCUCGGCAAGUCUCGUCGCCGUUUCGAAUAGCGCCGCAGCUUGCCGGCCUGCACGACGACAAGCGCAUCCAAACCAUUCUCGACAAAAUCAUCAACCACAAGGCACUCCGAAAGCUAAGGGAUUGCCAAAAGAGCCUCGAUCAUGUAGGGCCCCUGCGACCCCCUACGAACCUGGACUUUGUCGUCGCCAUGACGCUGCGCGACUGCACGUGCUUUGCACUGGUCCCUGCAAAUGAUGACGAAGACAUCAAGCUUCGCUUUGGCGAUUUCGACUACAAGGAUCCCGAAAAGAAAUUUAGCCACUGGCGCGGCACGGAGCAGGACCUCAUCGAGGGCGGCUUCUAUACCGCCGACUGGGUUGUCUGCGGCGAUACCUAUUACCAUCCUCCAUCGAUGUGUUCGCUGGAGUGGUCCGGGAAACCUCGCACGGGAGACCCGGUCGUCCUGUUGAUGGAAGAUGCUCCCUCGAAACACAACAGCAGACGCUCCAGCGGUCCGAACAGCAACGACUCUCCUUCAUCUUCGGGGGUGGGGAAAACGGUGUACAGGCAUACGACGGAUCUUGCGGCACUACAUAAGGGCCUGGAGCCUUUCAAAAGAGACACGGUGGGCGCACUGUCGAAUUCCAUCUACAACAACCCUCUGAGGUGCAGCCCCUGA